CGCCAUCUUGUUUGUAACUCUUCUACGUAAGUGGCAGAGUUUCUACUGAGGGGGUAUCCGAUUACCCUUUUUUCCAGCUCCAGACUGGGAACCUCUCCCUGUAGAGCACAGGCGCAUAUUCCGUUCGCUUUACCGCUUUUCUCGAGAAAAUCAAGCCGGCCUUUCCGAGUGGACAGAAAUGAGCAUCGAAACGCUCCUGGAAGCAGCCAAGUUUUUGGAAUUGCAAGCCCAGCAACAACAGAAAGCACGUGAGGAUGAGCUAAAGGAAAGCCUGCGUCUGCAGCAGCUGACAGAGCAGAGGCACAAGGAUCUGAACUAUAACUCAACAAUCCACAUCAACAAUGUUCAUAAAGCAGAGGAGCUCCGCGCUGAGUGCCGCCCAGCACCCAUGCAACCCUGUCUGCCUCCUCCCUCCAUGCCCAUCACCGUCAUCCCUAUCCCUGUGGUCACCCCUAACCCAACAGGCUCACCCACUCUGCCUGUUUCAACGCUCUCCCCUCCAGCUGCUCCCCCACUGGCCUCCCCAAAAAGAGACCCUCACUCCCCUCAGGAGCAAAGUGCUGCAGCCCUCCUGUGCUCUCCACAACCCAAACCUGACCACCCAACUGUGCUGACCGCCAACCACAACCAGCCGAUACAGAAUCAUCACCAUCACCCACAGCUCAUCGCCCAAACCACCAACCCUAAAAUGCAGCAGCCGACACAUCAGCAGCUGGUCCAGCGCUAUCCUGGUUCCAUCGUCUCACCCUCACAGCAACAUGCCUUACUCCCCCAUUCGGGCCCUGUGCUUCAGCAGGCCCCCCUACAGAAUGGCCCUGUCAGCCGGGGGAGUCCCCCUGAUGAUGGUCGCCACCUAGACAGCAAAAAGAGGCCUGGAGGGGCAGGCACAAGAGAAGUGCAUAACAAGCUUGAGAAAAACAGACGAGCACACCUGAAGGAGUGUUUUGAAACGCUGAAAAAGAACAUCCCAAACAUCGAUGAGAAGAAAACCUCCAACCUAAGCGUGCUACGAAGUGCGCUGAGAUACAUUCAGACAUUAAAGCGCAAAGAGAAGGAGUAUGAGCACGACAUGGAGCGACUGGCCAGGGAGAAGAUCGCCACCCAACAGCGACUAGCAGAGCUGAAGAACGAGCUGAGCCAGUGGAUGGAUGUGAUUGAGAUUGACCGUGUCCUCCGACAGACGGUCCAGCCUGAGGAGGACCAAGCCUCGACCUCCACAGCCUCAGAAGGCGAAGACGUUAUGGAUGAUGACCCGGAUGAAGAGACAGCACUGAGAGUGCAAACUGCCUUACCCGCUGUGCCUCAAACCAUGAAACCUGAGUUGCACAAGACUGCAACGCCCAUUCAGACCCCAACACCGGCACCCACCACCGCCACUACCUCUUUCAUCCCCCAACACAUCUCCAUGCAGCACAAAGCCCCUCUGCAGCAGCCCCAGCCGCUACCAGUGACUCCUCUGCAGCCACUGUCCAAGCCUGUACUCACAGCCACUACAUCCAGCACUCCCACCACUCCCAGUCAGCCUCUGAUCCCCACCCAGACACAGGUGGUGACCACGCCCAGUCUGCACCCCACAGUUAUUGCCCACGCUUCAGUGUCCCAUCCCUCAGUCAUCCAGGCAGUCAACCAUGUCAUCCAGGGAGGGGGUCCCAAACACAUUGCACACCUGGCUCCCUCCACCACCACCAGCUCUGUGCAGUUAGCCCCUGGCCACCAGCCCAUUGGCCACAUUACCGUGCACCCAGUGGCUCACCUGAGCCAGCAUUUACCUGCCCUCUACCCUCAACCAGUGGCUGUCACACAGCCAGCUGUGGUGGGCCACAUCACUCACACAAUAAAUCACCCACACCCUCAGGUGAACGGCACUGCACCCACCCAGCCAGCCACCAUCGUUGGUAAGCAGACAACAGUGAGCACCCAAAUGAUGGCACACCACCCACAGCUGGUGGGUCAGACGGUUCUUAACCCUGUGACAAUGGUGACCAUGCCCUCCUUCCCCAUCAGCACUCUGAAGUUGGCCUGAACAUCACCAACAGGACCACCAGGCUGCAGACAGAGGCACCCCAUGACAGGGGAGAACCACAGGCCUCGGAUCAGGCCAUCAGUCCACCAUAAGGGCAGGAGAGCUGCUGAAGACCUUCACUAUCAUUCAGAAGCAUUGCAGUGGACAGAAAGCCGGGAACAAUCAGAAAAACUGCAAACCUCUUUCCAUACCUACCACAGUGUCCUGAAAACUUGAUCCUGAAUGUAGGACGUACCAGACUGCAUGUGGUUUAUAGUCAUCAUGUUGUGUGUGUGUGUAUGCUGAUCACAGUGGGCAGAUGUGCAGUUUAAGGCCCUCACUUUCCACCCAUUGUUGCAGAUAAUGGAGCAGUAGUUAUUUUCACAUGAGCUUAACAGAAACAGCUUCAUAUAGAGAAAUGUUGCGUUGCCAGUACAAAGUCCAGACAGUGUAGGAUCAGAAGGUUGGACCACCAUACCCAGCACACUGAGAAUGUGAUUUAGAGGAGCUCCUCCUUCCCAGCUGCAGCACAUGCUGUAGAGCUGGAGCUAAAUCAUGGACUGAACUAAUCCCCUGCGCUGGAGCUGCAGUCCUCAGUGAUGGUGCAUACAGUCAUACCUCCCCCUGCUGGCUGUUUGUGUUCAAUGUAAAACAACUAUCUGUGACGAGGAAAAAACAUUGUUCAUGACGUAUAAUGCUGAUGGAUAUCAAUCUCACCGCAGCAACUUACAGUAACAAAAAAAAUAUGCAGUGUUUUCAGGGAUUGGUUUUUAGUGUUGGAAUUAAAGGACAAUCAAAUUGUUACUUAUCUUUAUUAUUUGUCAUUCAAACAUACUAUCGAUUGUACACAGAGCACAAGUACAAGUUAGUGUUUUAGGAUCAAUUGUUAAAUUUUUGUCUCAGCUGCUACUAUAUUCUAAAUUUUGCCAAAUAGCUACAUGCCCCCUAAAGAUAAACACAACAGACAGAGGCAACUUUAUAUGUUUUGUCAGAAAUAAGAACUCAGUCUGAUUCUACAAGGUGAGGUCUGGGCAGCUAGUUUAGAGAUUUUGAAUGUGAACACAGAAAAGGUCCGGAACAUAAAGUGUGUUUCUAUGCUGUCUUGUAGCGCAAAUGGUCGUAGGAUUGUGUGUCUGCAUGCUGUGAAUGCAUGCCAUGACUGUGUUCAUGUAGUGAUCGUUAUGAAUGCGAGGACCUAUAGCAGUGCUUUCUGUUGUUUAAGUAGUUGUUGGUAUAGGAAUGUGUAAGAUUUUGUGGCGCAGACUUUAAGCUCUGUCAUCCAAAACUUUGGGUGGAAUCGGUACAAAGUGACUUGAACAGCCGACAUCAAUCCAAGUAAUGUGUGCUUGUUCAAGACUAUCCUUUUCCAAAGCUAGCACUGUGAAAAUCUCUACUAGUCUCAAUGAGCAGCCGACCUGCAUUUUAAUAUAGCACUUAGCAGAACAGCAUAACGCUGUCCUCUCCUAAUUUAAUCUGAAUGUACUGAUCUGUGACAGGAUAUCGAGUAGCGCACUCAGCAGAAGUUAAACCCUUUUUUUUUUUUUUUUUUAAACUGCGAUUACUUUAUUAAAGUAUCAAGCGUAUGUACCAUUUAAAACUGAUUUUGUAUUUUAAGAUUUACUGUUGCUUGUUUCAUCUGGAGAAUAACUUCUUCUGUUUUAAUGUACAUUUUAUAUUAUAGCAUUUUUUUUUCUUCUUCCUGGGACCAUGUACAGUGCUGUAUAUGAAGGGGUGACUACAUAGACCUCUCCCCAUGUUGAUAUCACAUUUGGCCACUUUGGAAAGUAUUCACCCCUUAAUUUUUUUGUAUUUUGUUCUGAUACAAUAUGAGCAGGGACGUUGUUUUUUGCAGAACUAAUUUAUUGCAAAGAUAAAUUGCCCCCUUUUUCACUUUUGGAUAUCAUGCAAGUGACCCUGAUUUAUUGUAUUUUGAUAUCAUAUUGUAUUAAAACAAAAUGUAUUAAAAGUUAACAGGGAUACAGAUACUUGAAGAAGCAACAAUAUACUUGUGUGUUUUUCCCUAUGGAGAAAGUUUAAGGUGUAUAUAGCCUGUAAAUAUUGGGCUGCAUUUAGAUCUAACUGUAUUGUGUAAAAAGCUGGGGAAGAUAUGUAAAAUUUAAAAUUUAUAAAAAAAACGGAAAAAAAAGAAGAAGGUAUACUUAAUAAAUUGUAUUAUGUUUACAAAU